AUGUCAACGACUAUAAUUUCUAUUUCUGAUUUUUGUAGAAAGUAUUGUAUAUCCAAAUCCGCCAAGAAAGCCUUUCAAGUGGAACAUUCAGUGGCAGUUGAGAAUAUUGAGCAGAAAACAUUUGAGCUUCUUAUGAAAAAGAUAAAUGAAUCUUAUGAAGUGUGCACUGAAACAAACACGGAGUUCCCACAUCCUGAAACAUGCUUGUAUUCAGACCAUCAUGAAGGCCCACUAAAAAACGAUGAAGAAACACUUACAAUGGCCAUACUAGAAUCUAUGAGAAGUGAUUCACCAGAAACAAAACGUGCCUUUUAUCUAAUCGAUUCAGAAGAUACACAUUACCUGAUUCACAGUAGCAGUCCACCCUACAAAAUGAUCCGAAAUGAAUGGGUAGAUCUCGAUACCAAUAGUCCGACUGAUUAG